GUGAUUGUUAGCUCCAUAUUCCUAUCGGCUCAGUCAAUACCCGACGGUUCAGUCCACAACCGUACAUUCAGCACCUCACAAUCUAUAAUAUACACCCUACGCUCCUGUUCAUACCCCAAACACCAAGCCAAAAAAAACCCUCUCCAAAUCCAAAAUGCCCUCAAUCCUCCUCCUGAACGGCCCAAACCUCAACCUCCUGGGUACCCGCGAACCUCACCUCUACGGAACAACAACCCUCAACGACGUCGAAACAGCCGUCAAAGAACUCGCCGCCAACUACGACGCGGAAGUGGAAUGUCUCCAAUCCAACCAUGAGGGUGUGCUGAUUGACCGCAUCCAUGAAGCAAGAGGAAAAGUGCAGGCGGUUGUCAUCAAUCCGGGUGCCUUUACGCACACCAGUGUCGCGCUGCGAGAUGCAUUGCUUGGUGUCGGGCUUCCUUUUAUCGAGGUCCAUAUUACCAAUGUUCAUGCACGGGAACCGUUUCGGCAUCAUAGCUAUUUGUCGGAUAAGGCGGCGGCUGUUAUUAUUGGGCUGGGGACUUUUGGGUAUCAGGUUGCGGUGAAACAUGCGUUGGAGAAUUUGGUUGGGGUCGGUGAGAGCAAGUGA